AUGACGAGAAGAAUUGCAUGUAAUCCUGUUCGCACAGUGUGCCAACUAGCAGCUAUCGCAACCCUUGUCUUUAUCUUCGUAUACUUCCUUGAUUCGCGGUUUCGAGUCCUACCUACCUCUAUUCACAAGCACCUUUUAACACAUUAUCCUGGUCUGGUCAUCACAGAUAUAACAGUCUCUUAUUGUUCUGGCAUCUACCUUCUCACAUCAUGUAACCUGCAUCCUAAGCGUUGGCAUCGGGUCGAAAAAGAUUUAUAUCUAGGCUCUGGCUGGAUUAGAAGUGCAUAUGUUUACAUUGAGCGCAAAAAAGAAGAAGAUUUAUUGCCUGAGGAUAGAGUUGUUUUUGAUGUUACUGUCGGACGAUUAAACCCAAACGCUGGUGUUCAAGUUGAAGAAGAUGCAAUAUGGGAAUCAAGACCUAUGGGUCUAUGGCUCAAACGCUCAGCAAAACGUCAUGCGAGCGAUUCGAAUCAGGCGGUAACAGCUGUUGAAGUUCUCUUUGGUGCAGACGCUGUUGAUCCUAGAAUUGGCUGGCAUUUAGUUGGUACGGCUAUGCUUCUCAAUACAAAAGGUGAAAAGUUUGAGGCUAGAUUGAGCGUCAGGAAGGGGAAAGAGACUGAGGUACCUAAGCCAAUCCCAAAAAUUAAUGAACAUGGUAAAUUCAAGAUCAUGCAAGCUGCAGACUUGCAUCUUAGCACCGGUACUGGAAAAUGUAGAGACCCGCAACCUCCAGAGACAGCCCAAAAUUGUGAGGCAGACCCGAGAACCAUCGAGUUUAUGGAGAAGUUACUAGAUACCGAAAAGCCGGAUCUGGUCAUACUGAGUGGUGACCAAGUCAAUGGGGAGACUGCUCCUGAUACCCAAAGUGCAAUUUUUAAAUACGCCUAUAUUCUUGUCGAACGGAAAAUCCCUUUUGCCUCUAUAUUCGGGAAUCACGACGACGAAGGUUCACUUUCUCGCAAUAUUCAAAUGGAUAUAAUCGAAUCUCUUCCAUACUCGCUUGCAUCCGCAGGUCCGACAACGAUUGAUGGAGUCGGUAACUACUACGUCGAAGUUCAUGCUCAUGGAUCAAAACAUUCGGCUAUCACCAUUUACCUCUUAGACUCACAUGCAUACUCUCCAGACGAACGGAAUUUCAAGGGAUAUGAUUGGCUAAAGAAGAACCAGAUCGACUGGUUCAAAGCUACAUCUACAGAAUUAAAGAGGAGUCAUGAAGGUUACAGUCAUAUUCAUAUGGAUCUAGCUUUUAUCCACAUUCCGAUACCUGAAUUUCGAGAUAAGUCUCUUCCGCGUCAAGGUGAAUGGCGUGAAUCUGUCACUGCGCCAGUAUUCAACUCUGGAUUUCGUGACGCGCUGGUGGAGCAAGGUGUACUAUUACUUGGAUGUGGCCACGAUCAUGCAAAUGAAUACUGCGCACUAAGUAGUAAUGAGCAAUUGAAUCCAGCGCUUUGGAUGUGCUAUGCUGGUGGUGCAGGUUUCGGAGGCUAUGGCGGAUAUGGUGGAUACCAACGUCGUAUCCGUUUUUACGAGGUAGAUGUGAAUGAGGCACGGAUCACAACCUGGAAACGAGUUGAAGGAGGGGUUGAGGCCAAUGGCAAAGUUGAUGAACAAGUCAUUGUAGAUGGCGGAAGGAUGAAAGGGAUGUCUCAGUAA